AAGCGCGCAUGCGCGACGGGGUGACCACGAGUACAACAAGGAAGUAGAGAGAAUAUAAACAUAAACAUUAAUCGAAACAGCUGAUUCCGUGUCAGCAGAUCCACAGAACUCUUCGAGACACAACCGACUGAUCUUCAGAUCUGCUGCAACACCAGGAAUCAUGUCCAAGAAAUGCAAGAUGUUCCUCAGUGGAGUAGUCGAGGGGUUUUAUGGGAGGCCGUGGACUAUGAGCCAGAGGAAGGAGCUCUUCAGGAGGGAGCAGAAAUGGGGCUUGAACACAUAUCUAUAUGCCCCAAAAGACGAUUACAAACACCGGAUGUACUGGAGGGAUCUGUAUUCACUGGAGGAAGCAGACCAGCUGAUGACGCUGAUCUCCGCUGCUAAGGAGCGUAACGUGGAGUUCGUCUAUGCCAUCUCCCCGGGGCUGGACAUCACCUUCUCAAACCCUAAAGAGGUGACGGCACUCAAGAGGAAACUCAGCCAGGUGAGCGGGUUUGGCUGCCGGUCGUUUGCGCUGCUGUUUGACGACAUCGAGACGGAAAUGUGUCCGGCUGAUAAAGAGAUGUUUAGCUCGUUCGCUGAAGCUCAGGUGUCUGUCACUAACGAGGUGUUUCUGCACCUGGAGGAGCCACACACCUUCCUCUUCUGCCCCACCGAUUACUGCGCUGCGUUCUGCACUCCCAGCGUGCCGCGGUCUGCGUAUUUGAACACGGUCGGUGAGAAACUCAAUGCUGGGAUUGACAUUCUCUGGACAGGGCCGAAGGUGGUGUCCCAGGACAUCAGUGUGGCGUCUAUAGAGGAGGUGUCCGCUGUUCUGCGGCGUCCGCCGGUCAUCUGGGACAACAUCCACGCUAACGACUACGACCCACAGAGAGUCUUCAUGGGACCCUUCAAGAACCGGCCCACCGAGCUCAUCCCCAAACUCAGAGGCGUCCUCACAAACCCCAACUGUGAAUUUGAGCCCAAUUUCGUGGCCAUUCACACGCUGGCCACGUGGUGCAGCUUCAGACAGAAAGACGUUUCUAUGGAUGGAGACGAUCAGGGCUCGGACUACAACCCCCAUGAUGCUUUGCGGCUGGCGCUCACUGAUUGGCUGGUUGAGUUCGGCAGAGCAGAUCAACCUGACGGUGCUCGCGGCGGCCGCUCUAAGCGUGAGGCGUCUGACGAGGAGCCGAUGCAGACGGACGGUUACGUUCCCGGACCCAAAGACAACCCGCUGUACACGGCCGAGCCGCUGACGCUGGAGGAUCUGACGCUGCUGUCGGAGCUCUUCUAUCUGCCGUAUGAACACGGAGCCACGGCCGUCCUCAUGCUGCAGGAGCUGCACUGGCUGCGCAGACACAGCCACACCGGAGACGAUCCAGAGCAGGGUAAAGACUGGCGGCGGAGAGCGGAGAAGUUUGACGACAUGUGCGGCGCCGUGGUGCAGAUGUUCAACAGACUGUCCAACGUUCCCAACCGGAUCAUCCUGUACGACCUUUACAACUACAUCUGUGACAUCAAGAGCGGCGUCACCAUGGCCAAAGCCUACGUCAAAACUCUGGGAGGUCAGACGCCUCACCCCGCUCUCGCUCUGACCGAUGACCCCGAGCCCUGGGGCUUCAGAGGAGGACUGUCCGGAGAAUUCCAGCGGAUGCUGCCGUCUCAUGGGAUCCGCGAUCUGUUCCGCUGCGCUCCGGCCACACGCGUCUACACCAUACGACCCUGCACUCCUAAAGACCAGCCGGAGGUGCAGAGGAUCUUUAAGGAGAUGCAGACUGAGACGCAGCAGAAGGUGGAGCUGGUGGGCGACCGGCUGGUGGAGGGUCAUGUGACGCCGUCGCAGAGCUGCAGUCUGAUCCUAGACGACGCGUCUGGAGUUUGCGGCUACGCUUUCGCCCUCAGCGACGCCAAGACGGCCAUGACUAAAGCUCAGUAUCCAGAGACCAUGCUGCAGGAUUUCCCAUCAGUCAUGGCCAUCCAGAUCCACUCCAGAGUUCCUGACCACAGCACAGCCAAGCGGCUGAUUGAACAGAUGCUGUCUGCGCUGAGAGACAGCGGGUCUAAAGGAGUUUUCAGCGAGUUCAGAUCCAACGACAGACGAAUGUUCGACUUCUUGAAGACGCUGGACGUGUUUCAGGUUCUGAAAGUCGAUGGGCUUCCGACAAACCUGGUCAUCAUGGGAACUAAACUCUGACACAAUAAUC